UUAACACUCGCGUUCACUGUAAACUACGAUAAACCCCUUCGCUUCAUCUUCUCCAAAAACCCGUCUUAGCUCUCAAAAGCUACUUGCAGAACUCAGAGGCGAAGUGUAGAAGAAGAAGAUUAAAGAAUGCUAAGAUUUCAAUGCUCUCUUCACCUUCUUCAGCCUUCCAUGGCGAAUAACAACAACUACUCGAAUCUUUGCCCACACAAUUUGGCGCCGUUUAGUGUCACCGGCACGAUUCCGGCACCGAAGGUCCAGGAGAUACGUGCGAAUUGGUCUAGGAAGAGUGGGAAGUUACGAGUAAAUGGUAUAGAUCGAGAAAUGGAAGAAGAUGUGAUAGAAUCUGAAGAUGAUGAAGAAGAAGGAGAGGAGGAUAAACGCCUCACGACGAAGAAGAGAGGCGUUUACGGAGCGAAGAAAGAAGAUAUAAAUUACGAUAAAGACCCUGAAUUCGCUGAUAUUCUCGGAGAUUGUUUAGAUAAUCCAGAUAAAGCUCAAAAAAAGAUGGAAGAGAGAUUGAGGAAGAAGAGGAACAAAAUUAUUCACACUAAGACUGGUUCUGCAACUUCGAUGCAGGUGUCAUUUAACAAAUUUGAGUAUUCCAACUCAUACAUGUGGAUGGAGUUUUACAAUGCACCACUGGAUAAAGACAUUGCCUUGAUCACUGAUACAAUCCGUUCCUGGCAUAUCCUUGGACGACUUGGUGGAUACAACUCCAUGAAUAUGCAAUUAUCACAAGCACCACUGGAUAAGAGGCCAAACUAUGAUGCUAUCCUUGGAGCUAAUGUAGAACCCACCACAUUUUAUAACAUCGGGGAUCUUGAGGUCCAAGACAACGUUGCUCGCAUAUGGCUUGAUAUUGGAACCUCUGAGCCGUUGAUUCUUGAUAUUCUGAUAAAUGCAUUGACGCAAAUCAGCUCAGAUUAUAUCGGGAUAAAGAAACUUGUCUUUGGUGGAUCUGAGUUCGAGAGCUGGAAGGAGAAUAUGACAUCCGAGGAAUCUGGUUUCAGAGUCCACAAGAUUUAACAACAUCAUACAUUUAUAGAUAAAAAACCCUUUAGAUUCACAUCUGUUUCAGAAGAUGCAUGUUUCAACAAUGUUUUUUUCUUAGAUUACAUGAUCUAAAAGGCAAAUACAAUAUCAAAUAGGGAACACAUUGUUAUGAUCAGAUGAUGCCAAUGAUAGAAGCAUUUUUCAUCAUAAAGCCAAUGAUAGUGUUCAUAUGGAUAA